AUGACACACAUCGCCAACUGCAUCCGGGAGAGCGUGUUGGACAGAAGCCAGAUGCAUAUAUCAGACGACUUCUCCGCUCGGAAUGAGCCUGAGCGUCCCGACAGCCGCACGAGCAACCGACCCCCCAGCCGCUCGCAGUCGACCCGCCGCGGCCAGCCCAGAUAUCAGCUGUGGCCCUCCAACAGGACUCCUGCCCCCACCAGCCGCUCCAAUUUCUCCCCCGAGAAGCAGAUGGCACUGUCUAUCCAGCGCUCCGCAACCGCCAUGGGCGACGCAAUCGUCACCAACGACAGCUACGCCGCCCGCAGCAGGCAUGGUUCGUUGUCGAGGAGGAGGAAAGUCAGCGUGCCCGAGCUCCAGGCUCCUACACCAAUGGCCACCCUCCAGGAAGGUUUGAUGGACUCCCCAACCAUCCCUGGCAGGCCACCGGCGCCUAUCCGUCAACCACCACCAUUGAGCCCUGGCCACGAGAGAUCCGGAAGCGCUCCCGCAACCCAUUGGCGCGCCAAUCCGUUUGGUGACGCCAUGAUUUCUUGCAUCACCGGCCCGGCCUUUGUUUCGCCCCAGCAAAAGCCAAUCUCCCCCAGCUCCCAGCCAGCAGAUUCUGCCAAGCCUGAAUUCGAACGUAACCUUCCCGCCGUUAAGCCUCUGUCUCCAAUCCUGAGCCCGACGAACAUCCCACCCGCCAAGCCGGACCUGAAGGUGGACACGACCGCGAAACAUAACGACGACGACGACAUCCCCCCGCAGGUUCCUCCCAAGUCGCCCUCCCUGUACAGGAAGAAGUCUUCGCCGGCCAUGCGCCAACAAGUUCGGAACGAUUCUGCCAUGGGAUACAGCAACAGCAACGAGCCCCCGACCAACACGACACCCAUUACCGGAAUCCCUGAGUGUUCGUCUCCAGAGUCGAAUGUGCGGGGACGUGACUCCAGCCGUGGGCACGCAAGGAAGAGGUCGGAACAGUCCAUCAUGGAUCGGGGCCGCCCCAUUGCCAGAUCAGCCCGCGACCGCAGCCGCCAGGCCUCGGCAACCAGCUCAUCGGAGAAGGAGGGCGCAGAUACCUGGAAACUUCCGAAGGGCAUCUCUGUCCGCCAAGCUCCCAUCAAGUACGCCCCUGCGGAGAGAGAAAAGCUGCGCUGCAAGGCUGUCGAGCAAGCCGAGAAGUUCGAAGUUCUCUCUUCCAGGGAUGUCAACGCUCUUGCAAAGGAAAUGCGCGCUCUUGACGAACGCUGCGAAUACCUGCGCAGGACCUACAAGUCUCUUCGCGCUGGCAGGCAGAAGCUGCACGCACGUAUGAUUUCCUACUUGAAGAGGAGUGAGACGGUCGUUUUCUCUCGCGAGAGCCUGCUCAAGCAGGAAGAGGCUCUGGUGGAGCUCGACCUCUCCAUUGACGACUGGAUGGCCAAGAUCGAGCAGGCCGAGAACCGCAGGCUUCGGAUCCGCCAAAAGCUGCUUGAGCAUCUGGCCGCCGCCAUGACGCUGCCGCCCACAUCACCGGUCAGCGACGCCGCUGAGGCGACUCCGCCCCGGAGCCCGAUCAAGGCCGAAGGCGCGGACAGCCCGCACCGCAUCGACCGCAAGGACGUCGAGUCAAUCCGAAUUUACGCGGAUGGCCACGUGCUCAAUCUCUUCAACGACAUUGAGCAGGCCAUCGGCAAGAUGUGCGAGGCUUGCUGA